AUGCCGAAAACCACACAGCCUCGCCAAAGCCUCGCCAAAGCCUCGCCAAAGCCUCGCCUCGGCAUAAAAUCACCACCUCGUCCAGCACCUACUCGUUCUCCCCCCUUCACAAACAUACCUCCACGCCCUCGACCCUCCUCCCCCUACCACUCCUACGACCACCCCCCCCCACCCGGCCCCUUCGCGGACGCCGAGAGCGCCAUCCUCGCCGCCGCCCUCCCACACGUCCCCUCCUCGGGCUUCACGCUCACGACGCUCGCCCGCGGCGCCACGGACGCCGGCUACAUCGAGGCCUCGACGAACCUGUUUCCCCACGGCGCCUUCAGCCUCGUGCAUUACUACCUGUUUUGUCAGAGGGUAGGGCUCAAGGAGAGGGCGGGCGCGAAGGCCGUUCUAGCACGAGGCGAGGGCGAGGGCGAGGGCGGCGCGGGUGCGGGUGCGGGUGUGGGUGCGGGUGCGGGUGUGGGCAGGAAAGUCAAGGAGUUGACGUGGGAGCGCUUGAUGGCGAACCGGGAGGUGGUGCAUCGCUGGCAGGAGGCCCUGGCUCUGAUGGCCCAGCCCUCCAACCUGCCGACUGCCCUCCACGAGCUCUCGUCCCUCUCUGACGAGAUCUGGUUCCUGGCCGGCGACCCAUCCGUCGAUUCGAGCUGGUACACCAAGCGGGCCUCCCUGUCAACGAUAUACGCCGCGACGGAAUUGUUCAUGACGAGGGACAAGUCGGCGGAGUAUGCUGAGACGAGAGAGUUUCUGGAGAGGAGGUUCAAAGACUCACAGGCAUUAGGGGGUGCGCUGGGCAGUGUAGGGCAGUGGGUGGGAUUCACGGCCCGCGCAGGCUUGAACGUGUUGAGAAGUAAGGGUGUCAGGGUAUAA